UACAUAGGGUAAAAUACAUGUAUAAUAUAUUCUGGACAUAGCUUUUUCCUAAGAGAUCCUUUUGAUAGAUACUAUUUUGGAUGUGAUUAAUCAUAUAAAUCUGUCGAUAAGGAGAAGUUGUGGUAUGAAAAUAAGAUGGUGUGCUUAUCUGAACUAAUCAUUGGCAUUUCUAAGAUACCAUUUAGCAUAGUACAGUCUUCACUAGUAUCACAAACACUUUAAAUAAAAAAUUGAAUACAUAAAAUCAAGUAGGUAGGGUAAUGUAAAUAAAAGUAUUUACAAUGACAUUUAUAUUGGAGAUUACAGGUAAUAUGAAAUUAAUUACAUAUAAAGCUGCAUUCAACACCACCAUCAACAUUAAUUUUUAUUUUGAAAAUAAAAGUGAUGAUUCACCUUAACCACUUAAUAACGCCUAGUCAUGCCUAGUGAUGCGAUUAAAGAUAAAUGAGCUUCAAAACGAAAGCAAGAAGUAGAACUGAUAACUGAUGUGAGAUAAAGUGUUAUCAAGUUAAGUUACUGUCAGUGUGGAGUUGUGAACUUGGCAAAUUGUUGAGUUUCAGAACAAGUGAACAUGGAGGAAGAAACAGUUGUGAUACAAACUAAACUGGGUCAGCUGAGAGGUCUGGUUAAACAUUCUGUUCUCAAUGACAAGACUUUCUAUGCCUUCCUGGGUAUACCGUUUGGCAAACCUCCUCUCGGGGACCUCAGGUUUAAGGCACCUCAACCUUACGGAGGAUGGGAAGGCAUCAGAGAUGCUCUCACAGAUGGCAAUGACCCCAAACAACCUGCAUUUUCGGCCUUGUAUACCCUAACUAGUGAAAGUACUGGCAGUGAAGACUGCCUGUACCUCAAUGUUUACACAAAUGAGCUUUCUCCAAAAAAUGGUGAAAAGAAGCCAGUUUUUGUAUCCAUCCCAGGGGGAGGUUUCUUAUGUUGGUCCGGGAGUUCGACUAAAUCAGGUGUUGACAACUUCAUGAACGGUGAUGUAGUAGUUGUCUCUUUCAACUAUAGACUUGGUGCUUUUGGAUUUCUAUCUUUGGAGAGAGAGGAUGCUCCAGGAAAUGCAGGACUCAAGGACCAGACUUUGGCCUUACAGUGGGUACAUGACAACAUUGACAGUUUUGGAGGUGAUCCAAACAAUGUCACCCUUAUUGGAGUUAGUGCUGGAGGAGCCUCGGUACACUUUCAACUUUUGUGUCCUCCUUCCAGAGGACUGUUCCAUAAGGCUAUUAUACAAUGCGGCUUUGCAAAUAAUCCAUGGGCUAAUCAAGAAGCUCCACGGGAAACUGCUUUAGAACUGGCCAAAGCCUUGGGAUGUACCUCUGAGGACUCUGAUGAAGUACUUAAAUUCCUCAAGUCUGCAUCUGCCGAUGAUAUAGUGGCUGGCACUCAUAAGUUAUGUAUGGCUGAGAGGAAAAAAGUUCCGGACUUUGUGUUCACCCCCAGUGUGGAAGUAUCUGGAGCAGAAUCCUCUCUGCCUGAUCUUCCUGACAAUCUAAUGAAAAGAGGGGAGUUUGCUCAGGUUCCUGUCAUUCUUGGGUGUUCUGUCAGAGAAGGAACUGUAGUAACCAUGUUUAAUGGAAUCAGUGAUAAAGCAUUUGAGUUCAUCAACAACAAUCCUGAAGUGCUUGUGCCAUCAUUUCUGGGACUAAAUCAAAGAAGUGUUGACAAGAAAGAGGCUGAAAAUGAAAUUUGGGAAUUUUACUUCAAAGGAGAACCUCUUUGUUGGGAUACUGUACACCAAUACCUCGUAUGUCAGAGCGACAUUCAGUUCAAUUUUGGAAUGGAACAAACCAGAAGUUACCUGGUAGAGAAAUCCACAGCUCCAGUCUACACGUAUCUCUACACUAAUCACUCAAGGUGUAUAUGUCAUCUCACAUUCCAAGGAGAACUUUCAAAGCUGCUUUCUUCAGAAACAUGCCAUGGUGCAGACAGCUUGUAUACUGUUAAAUCUGAAAUGAUUAAAACUCCAGAACUAUCUCCUGAAGGAAAGGAAGUAAUUAGUAAACAUGUCAAAGCGUGGAAUAAUUUUGCCACUUUUGGUGACCCUAACCACAAGGGUUUGGGAGCAGUUUGGCAAAAGGACUCAGUUGCCAGUCCUUGUUUCAUGGAAAUGGGAACCUCCUGGAGUCUGAAAUCAGGCCUUACUCUGCCAGAUAGGAUUGGGUUCUGGAAGAGGCUGACAGCAAAAUAUGUUUUAGAACAAGUGAACAUGGAGGAAGAAACAGUUGUGAUACAAACUAAACUGGGUCAGCUGAGAGGCCUGGUUAAACAUUCUGUUCUCAAUGACAAGACUUACUAUGCCUUCCUGGGUAUACCGUUUGGCAAACCCCCUCUCGGGAACCUCAGGUUUAAGGCACCUCAACCUUACGGAGGAUGGGAAGGCAUCAGAGAUGCUCUCAAAGAUGGCAACGAUCCCAAACAACCCGGCCUCAUGUCCCUAUAUAGUCCAAGUUUUGAAAGUAGUGGUAGUGAAGAUUGUCUAUAUCUAAACAUUUAUAUGAAUGAGCUUCCUCGUAUAAAUGAAGAAAAGAAACCAGUUUUAGUAUCCAUUCCCAGUGGAGGUUUCCUUUGUUGGUCCGGGAGUUCAACAAAAUGUGGUGUUGACAAUUUCAUGAAUGGUGACGUAGUUGUUGUUUCUUUCAACUACAGACUUGGCGCUUUCGGUUUCUUAUCUUUGGAAAAUGAUGAAGCCCCAGGCAAUGCAGGACUCAAGGAUCAGACCCUGGCUUGAAAUUGGGUUCAUGACAACAUUGACAGUUUUGGAGGUGACCCAAAUAAUGUCACUAUCUUUGGCAUCAGUGCAGGAGGAGCCUCAGUUCACUUUCAACUCCUGUGUCCUCCAUCCAGAGGGCUGUUUCAUAAGGCUAUUAUACAAUGUGGGUUUGCCAAUAAUCCAUGGACUAAUCAAGAAGCUCCACGGGAAACUGCUUUAGAACUGGCCAAAACCAUGGGAUGUACCUCUGAGGACUCUGAUGAAGUACUUCAGUUCCUUAAGUCUGCAUCUGCCGAUGAUAUAGUGGCUGGUACACAUAAGCUGUGCACAGCUGAGAGAAUGAAAGUUCCGGACUUUGUGUUCACGCCCAGUGUGGAAGUCACAGGAGAAGAAUCCUCCCUGCCUGAUAUUCCGGAACGUCUUAUGGAGAGAGGGCAGUUAGCUCAGGUUCCUAUCAUCCUUGGACGUUCUCUCAGAGAAGGAACUGUAGCAACUAUGUUCAAUGGAAUCAGUGAUAAAAAAUUUGAGUUCAUCAACAAAAAUCCUGAAGUGCUUGUACCAUCAUUUCUGGGCCUGAAACAAGGAAGUGUUGAAAAGAAAGAAGCAAAAAAUGAAAUUUGGGCAUUUUACUUCAAAGGAGAACCUCUGUCAUGGGAUACUGUGCACCAAUACCUCAUAUGUCAGAGCGACAUUCAGUUCAAUUUUGGAAUGGAACAAACCAGAAGUUACCUGGUAGAGAAAUCCACUGAUCCAGUCUACACAUAUCUCUACACUGAUCAUUCAAGGUGCGCAUGUCACCUUAUGUUUAGAGGGGAACUUUCAAAGCUGCUUUCCUCAGAAACGUGCCAUGGUUCUGACGGCUUGUAUUCCAUAGAAGCAGAAUUUAUGAAAUCCCUGGAAGUAACUCCUGAAGGAAAGGAAGCAAUAAAAAAACAUGUCAAAGCAUGGAUAAAUUUUGCCUCUUUUGGGGAUCCAAACCACGAGGGGCUGGGAGUAGUUUGGAAAAAGGACUCAGUUGACAAUCCUUGUUUCCUAGAAAUGGGAACCUCCUGGAGUCUGAAAUCAGGCAUCCCUCAACCAGACAGGAUUGAAUUUUGGAAGAGGAUGGACAGCAAAAUAUUGUAAAGCUUAAUAUAUUUAUUAAAAAAACUGUAUAAAAAAAUACAAACCUGUAACAUUAUCCAGUUAAUCACAGUGCAUUUUUCCUUCCACUGAGCGCAUUUUAAUAAAAUGAAAUAAAAGAGUUUUUGUACCAAAUUCAAAUAAUA